AUGGCCAAAAAACCUCCAAAAAUCUUCAAAUUCUUCUUAAUCCCUCCCAUUUUUAUAUUAUUCUUGAUUGCCUCAGGCAAAACAAAUAUAGUAAUUAAAGUAGCACAUCUACAGCCAAACAAUCCAAAUAUUAUACACGAACCUCAAAUUUUGGAAAUGCAAGUUUUUGUUUUAUUUAAUCUAGAAAAAUAUUUUUGUAGGUGUUAUAAUGAUAUGAAAGAACGUUCUAUUUUACCUCGUGAAAUUAAACUACAAUUUUAUACAAUGGAGUCGUGUACCCGAUUUAGUGGUGUUGAACAUGCAGCCUACCUCCAUUACAUGAAGAAUACAAGCAUUUACUUUGGUCCGGGAUGUAAUAACGAAAUGUUAAUUAUUGGCCGUCUUGUAUCUCGAUGGAAUGUGCCUAUUAUUGCUCACCUUUCUGGAGAUGAUGCUCUCUCAGACAGAGCAGUUUUUGACACUCUUGGGUCUGUGGCACUUACAUCAGCUACAGAAAUGGCUAGAGCUACACUUACAUUUUUACAAUUAUAUGGGUGGAAACAGGUUGGACUAGUCCGUCCAAGUAUGCAUUUUGAACGUCUUGCUCUACAUUCUCUCCGUAAUUAUCUAAAAGAUGCAAAUAUUGAGAUAAAUGCAGAAAUAGAAUUAGACCCUUAUAUGACUCCAGAUGAAAUUAUUGCUACUGGAAGACUUAGACACUUAAAAAAUAGAGCUAGAGUUAUAAUCGUUGAAAUGGGAAUGGAUUUACACUCGGCAAAAUCUUUUAUGAUUGCUGCACUUCGUUCACAUUUAAAAACCCCAGAAUAUGUUUAUAUUAUUCCUUGGCUAGCACAUUUACACGAUCAUUAUCCUUGGGAGGCUACAAAUAUUGAAAAAUCUGAAACUCGAGUUGCUUUUGAUGAUGCAAUUGUAAUAACUGCACAUGGUUAUGAUAAAAAGUUUAUUGAAGAUUUUGAAUUGAGAUUAAAUAAAGUUACUGGGGUAAUUAGUACUUAUUAUGCAACAUUAUCAUAUAUGUCUUUAUAUGAUGCAUUAUUCCUUUAUGGAUUAGCUGUUAGGGAUGCUUAUGAAGAAACCAAAAAUCAAAGUGUUUUCUUGGAUGGAUUGUAUAUUUGGAAAAAAAUGACUGCCAGACAAUUUAUUGGAGUUACUGGACAAGUUUUGAUUAACAAUAAAGCUAUUAGAGUGCCAAGUUAUGCUACUUAUCAUACUAAAAAUGGAACAAUGAAAAUAGUAGUUGAAUUAACUGCUCGUCUUGGAGAUAGAUUAAAAUGUGCAAUGAGCGAAAAUGAUUGUUCUGAACAUGUUGCUCACGAAACUAUGUCCCACUAUUAUUCAACGGUAGAUGGGGCUAUGCCCCCAGAUAUGCCAAAAUGUGGAUUUGAUGGGGGUUUAUGUGAUUAUACAUUCUUUUAUGUCCUUUUUGGUGUAAUAUUAUUCUUGGGUGUAACAAUACCUACUGGUUAUUAUUUACAUAUGAAAGAGAAGGAAAGAAUGUUAUAUGAUAUGACUUGGCGUAUUCCUCGUGAACAAGUUAGAUUACUUGAAGUUCGAGGAGGAAAGGGUAAAUCAAUGUCAAUGCAAAGUAGAUCAGCUGAAAGUCAUUCAUACGAUGAAAGUAUCGGUUCAAAAGCGAAUAGUCGUCUACAAGCCAAACAAGCAGUAGCCAAUGGUGUCAAAUGUGCAUAUAAACGUUAUCAACAAACUCGAAAUAUUUCUUUUAACAAACACGAUUUGAGCCGUUUAAAAGAAUUAAAAAUAAUGGAGAAUGAGAAUUUAAAUAAAUUUUAUGGAAUUUGUUUUAAUCAACAAAAUGAAUUUAUUUGUUUGUGGAUUUUGUGUCAAAGGGGAAGUUUGGAAGAUGUUUUGUUUAAUGCCGACUUGAAAAUUGGAAAAAAUUUUCAAGCUUCUUUUGCUAAGGAUGUUGUUAAAGGACUUUUCUUUUUACAUAAUUCGAUUUUGAGAAUGCACGGAUCUCUUUGUUUACAGAAUUGUUUGGUGGAUUCUAAUUGGAAUGUGAAAUUGACAAAUUUUGUUACCGAUGAAUUAUGUGGGGAUAAACUUAGACAUAAUGAAUUAAAAUAUAUGAUGGAUAGUGAAAUUGAAAGGGAAAAACAAAAGAAAAGGCGUGAAAAAGAAGAGAAAAAACGUGAAAAACAGAAGGAAAGAGAACGUGAGGGUAAGGAAAGACGUGAUGUGAGCUCUUCGGAGUCAUUGGAAGAUCAAAAAUUGGAAGAGGCAAUUGUUAACGAUAAAGUUAGAGAUCAGGCAAAUAUGAAAAAAUAUGUCCAAUACGCUCCUGAAAUUAUUCGCGAAUUUUUGAGUGCAAAACAUUUGCCUAUUGGAACCCAAGCAUCUGAUAUUUAUUCUUGUGGAAUGGUCCUAUAUCAGAUUUUAUUUAAAUUGGAGCCUUUUGUUGAGAAGAAUUUAUCUCCACAAAAAUUACUCAAUAGAAUUGCUAUGGCUAAUGAUAAUGACCAAAUUAUUAGACCGAUAUUUCCAAAUCAAGUACAAACUGUUGCUAAUCCUGCUGAGGAAGCUUAUAAUUUACAACUACUUUCUGCAUUAGAAGCUUGUUGGCUAGAAAUUCCAGAAAUGAGACCAAAUAUAAAAAGAUUAAAAGCAAUUGUAAAUGCAAACUUAAAAUCGACGGGAAGCGGUUCUUUGGUUGACCAAAUGAUGAAAAUGAUGGAAGAUUAUACAGCUAAUUUAGAAUUAUUGGUUAAAGAAAGGACUCAAUUAUUGGAGGAGGCACAACAACAGGCUGAUCGUCUACUUAAAAAUAUGUUGCCAUCAACAAUAGCCGAUGAUUUAAAAGCUGGACGGCCAGUCCCUCCACAAUUAUACACAAAUUCAACGGUUCUUUUCUCUGAUAUUCGAGGAUUUUCUCGAAUGGCUGCCAAUUCAACCCCUUACCAAGUUGUUGCUUUUUUGAAUGAUAUGUUUAGUGGAUUUGAUGCUAUUAUAGCUAAACAUGAUGCUUUUAAAGUUGAAACGGUGGAUUUUUAA